GGAUCAUCAGACAUCCAGUGCUGCACAUAUGGACGCUGCACGGCUAGCGGCGUGAGCGGAACCUGCGAGUCUACCGCUACUUGCGAUGGCACUCCCUAUUCCGGUCUCUGCCCUGGCUCCUCGGACAUCAAGUGUUGUAUCCGAGGCGGCGGCGGUGGAGGUGGUGGAGGAGUAUGCCCACCGCAUGUGCAACCGAACAUCACCGACUUUAUCAAGCAGUUCGAAGGCUUCUCUGCUACUCCGUACAACGACGUUGCUGGCUACCCUACCGUUGGCUAUGGUCAUUUAUGCAGCACCAGCGAUUGCUCUGAGCUACCAUACAGCUACCCCAUGACUCAAGCCGAGGGAGAAGAACUGCUUGCUGACGACGUGAGAGAAUUCGAAGUCUGCCUAGGCAACGCCAUUUCAUCUGUCCAACUCAACGCCAACCAGUAUGGAGCCCUCGUGUCUUGGUCUUUCAACGUCGGCUGCGGCAACAUGCGCUCAUCAACACUGGUCAAGAGACUGAACAACGGCGAAGACCCCAAUACGGUCGCAGAGCAAGAAUUGCCGAAAUGGAACAAAGCCGGCGGCCAAGUAGUCGAUGGCCUUACUCGACGCCGUGCCGCGGAGGUGGACCUCUUCCAGACGUACACCAGCACCGGAGCUCUGCCG